CCCAAGCUCGAUUAAUAUGUCUACCAUUGUUUUCCCCGACCACCAUUCAGCUGUUGCAGAUGCUGAAACUCUUAAGAAGGCUUUUCAUGGAUGGGGAACGGAUGAGAAGGCGGUGAUUGGAGUAUUAGGAAGGAGAAAUGCAUUGCAAAGGAAGCUGAUCAGACAAGCCUACGAGGAAUUGUACGAGGAAGAUCUUGUCAAGCGCCUCGAAUCUGAGCUCUCCGGAGAUUUUGAGAAAGCUAUGUACCGAUGGAUUCUUGACCCAGAAGAUCGCGAAGCAGUUCUCUUGAACGUCGCUAUCAAGAAAAAACCGGCGGUCGAUUAUCGCACUAUUAUCGAAAUCUCAAGCAUUUCUUCGCCCGACGAACUUCUAGCUAUAAAGCGCGCCUACCAAAAACGGUACAACCGCUCCGUAGAAGAGGAUUUGGCUCAACACUCAUCAGGAGACCUGCGAAAGCUUCUGGUUGGAGUGGUGGGCACAUACAGGUACAAUGGCGAAGCGAUUAACGCAAAAUUAGCGAAUUCCGAGGCUGCUUGUCUUCACAAUGCUAUACAAAAUAAGGCUUUUAGUGAUGAAGAAGUUAUCAGAAUCAUAACUACAAGGAGCAAACUCCAAAUCCAAGCAACUCUGAAUAAGUAUAAAGAUGAUUAUUCCUCCUCAAUCACUAAGCAUUUGAAGGUUGAGCCAUCUAGUGAUUAUGUUGUGGCUUUGCACACAACUAUUCGUUGCAUAACCGAUCAUCAGAAGUAUUAUGAGAAGGUGAUUCGUGAGGCUCUAAGAUUGGCGGGGACCGACGAAGAUUCAGUGACACGAGUGAUCGUGUCGCGAGCGGAGAAGGAUUUGGAAGGGAUAAAGGAUGUUUACCUAAAGAGGAACAGCCACAGCCUUGAACAGGCAAUCACCAAGGAAACUUCUGGCCAUUACAAGGCCUUUCUCCUCACUUUGCUAGGCAAACAAGAUUGAUCAAUUUUUUGCAUUUUCUGUUUCUUGCUCUGUUGUUUUUGCUCAGUUUGUUGUUUUUGGACUCAUACAACUCUCCAACUCUUAUGUGUGUUUGAUUAUGUAUUGUGUUGUAUGUCGAAUGACUUGCUUUUGUUAUGUUUGUUAGGGUUUAUGUACUGCAAAGCAUGUUUUGAGCUACUUUGUAUGUAAAACUCUAUUAUCCUUUUUAUCCAAUAAAUGAGAAGAAACAUUUUUAUCACA